AUGAUCGGGAGCGGAGCGGGCAGCCACAAUGGCGAGGAGGACGGCACCCACGACGCCGCCAGCGAUGCCGCCUUUGCCGCCGCGGACAAACCCGACUUCUUCUCCGUGCCUGCGUUUGCGCCCGAGACGCUGGAGCCGUCGGUGGGUAGCGGAAAUCCGACCGUGUACGAUGGUAUCGAUAUCGAAUAG